AUGGUGUACAGCGCCUUGGGGGAGGGGGAAAGAAAAAGCAUCCACGGGUACGUAUCAGAAUGGCUCAAAUUAUUGGAAGGUUCUCCCGGAGUCGCUCAGUGUCAGAGUUCUCCCGAGUCGAAAAUUCCUUCAACUUCACAUCAAGCUCCUGUUAUUUAUAUAUUUUCCGGUUUUUGUGGUAAGAGAAAUCCAGGACUCACCAAUCUAUCCAACUGCAACUGCUAUCAUGACCGAGUUCCCAAGCUACUCGACGAACUUAUCAAGGAGGCCAACUCGACAGAGGCAGAGCCUAUGUUCCAGACUGCAUUAAUGGAUGCAACGCAGAACCUGACCGUUGCGUAG